AUGGAAGACCAAAUGGAUCAAAAUAAUGGAAGGGCGGGGAGAUUGCUAGGAGACUAUGCUAAGCCAAUUUACAAUGGGAUGCAGUCCAGUGUAAGAUGUCCUCCUGUUGCAGCAAAUAACUUUGAGAUCAAGCACAAUGUUUUCCAAGCAAUACAAAAUAACUGUGUUUUUAGAGGAAAGCAGAAUAAGGAUCCAACCCGUCAUCUGAUGGAUUUCGAUGAAAUCAUGAACACUUUUCACUACAAUGGAGCAUCGCACGAUGCUAUAUACUUAAGGGAAUUUCCUUUCUCCUUGAAGGAUGAUGCUAAGAUCUUGGUACGAAGUUUACCUUCUGGAUCAAUCUGCACUUGGGAUGAAAUGACGAUAAAGUUUCUUAUAAGAUUAUCACCUGCAUCACGAAGAAUAUUAAAUAAUGCAGUGGGAGGACCAAUCAUGAAAAAGACACCCAAAGAAGCAAUUGAAAUCCUAAAUGAACUUUCUGAUGAUGCUAAUCAGUGGGUGUUAGAGAAUUCUGAAAGGAAGAAGACUGCAGGGGUCCAAGUUGAUACUUACAAUACCUUGCAGGCGCAUAUUGUAGCGAUUGUAAAGGAUGUGAAACAGUUGACUCUAGCCCAAGCUCAAAUGCCACAAUCAAUAAUGUGUGAUUUUUGUGCAGGGAGCCAUCCUACUCAUGAAUGUCAACAUGGGUCAUUUAUAGAAAAAGUUAAUGUUGUCAGAAACUUUAACAAAGGGAACUAUCAAAAAGAAAAUAAUUUUAAUACAAUGGGGCAAAGGCAUCCUGGAUUCUCAUGGAGCUCACCAAAUGGUAGUUUGAAUUUGUGGCAGUAG